CCCCGCACAGCCCAGCCCAGCCCAGCCCGACCAGCGCGAGCGGGAGCGCGGCGCGAUGGACGGCCGAGUGCAGCUGAUCAAGGCCCUCCUGGCCCUGCCCCUGCGGCCCCAGACGCGGCGGUGGAGGAACCCGAUUCCCUUCCCCGAGACCUUUGACGGCGACACCGACCGCCUCCCGGAGUUCAUCGUGCAGACGGGCGCCUACAUGUUAGUGGACGAGACCCUGUUCUCCAGCGAUGCCCUGAAGGUGACGUUCCUCAUCACCCGCCUCACGGGGCCGGCCCUGCAGUGGGUGAUCCCCUACAUCAGGAAGGAGAGCCCCCUCCUCCAUGAUUACCGGGGCUUCCUGGCCGAGAUGAAGCGGGUGUUUGGCUGGGUGGAGGACGAGGACUUCUAGGCCGGGAGCCCCUCGGGCCUGGGGGCGGGUGCUCGGGGGAGGGUGCGCUGCGCCCGUCGCCGCCGCGCAGAUGGCCGCGGGCGGCGCCUCGCCGCGCCUCGCCCUCCCUCCCCCUCGCCGCGAUCGCGCGGCCGCGCUCUCCCCCGCGCUGCUGUCCCCUCCCGCGUAGUGCUUGCCUUUGUUCCAGGAAUAGCGCUCCAGGUCCCCGCUGCCGCCGCCGGGCCCCGCUCGGGAGCGCGCCGCCGCCCCCUGCGGCCGGCCGGGCCCCUCCCGCGCAGCACACUUGGCCUCGGGCCCGCGCUCCAGCUGCGGGCUGGGCUCCCGUUCCACGCCGGACAGACCACCCACAGCCCGGCCGCUGCGGGCCGCCUCCGCCAGACUGACCGCCAGGCCUGCGGCGCCGCGCGCGGAGACCCGCGCUGAGGCCGGGCCGCCGUCGCCACCCAGCGCACACCGCCGACACACUGCGGCCCGCAGCCAUCUGGACUCAGCCGACAAGCGUCUGAGCCGGCCACGGCCCCUGGCCCCUGGCCCCUGGCUCCUGGCCCCUGGCCCCUGGCCCCUGGCCAGCGAUUCCAGCAGCUCGCCACCCACCGCGCCCCGGCUGGAGGGCCGGGCCGGCCUCUCACCUGCAGCGGGACCCACUCCCUCCCACCUCCCGGAGACCUCUUCUGCUCCUGCCAGAUGGCCGCCGGGUCCCAGGGGUGCCUGGCAGCCAAAUCCAGUCACUCGUUUCCUCCUGUGGACCUGUUAGUUUUGCCCACAAUCCAGUUCUCUUCUCAAUUCGCGGCUGUCUCUCUGACGUGUGCCUUUUGUUCAACACAGUAAUUAAGCCCUGCACUCUGCCCGGCUCUUCUACACUACCUGGACAAACGUCUUUUCCUUCUUUUCAAUAAAUGUCAGACGCUGUGCAAAAGAAA